GUGAAUGAAUACAUAUACCAAAUGAUUCAAACGCAAUUUCGUGGAAAAAUUUGAAGACGUGAACAUUGUCUAAUACACUCUAUUCACCAAAUAAACAAUAUUCAUUGAACAUUGCUUCACCUUUCGAUUCAUUCCCCAAUGUGCUUGCACACCGUUCAAAGUUCAAGGUUACUCGCUUGGAUUAUAAACCUGUAGCUGUUGUCAUUGGAGUGUUUCCAACAGUAAUUGGCAGUUAUAGUCACAAUUUGUAAAACAUGAAACAGAUCAACAAGUUAUCUGGAGCUUUCUCCGUAACGAUCUAUUUUAUCAUUCUAGUGAGUAGAAUUAAAUGUCAGGAGGUCAUAACCAGUCAAUCCAACAGUAAUCAGUCGCUAAUUAACAAUAGUUCCAAGGCAAACCCGAACGCUCCAUCGUUUACAGAGAGCUUGGGCUAUGGAUUUCUUUGUGUCACUCUAACUAAUUUAUGUGCUCUUGUAGGAAUUGUAUUUACGUUUCUUAAAAAAUAUCGUUUCUUCCCAACAAUACUUUCAUUUAUGGUGGCUACUGCUGUUGGUUCAUUAUUAUCAACUUCCAUUAUUGUACUUAUACCUGAGGCAUUACAAAUCAUUCAACCAACAGGUAAUAACAAUACAAAAGAUUCCGACUCGUAUGUUAUUAAGUCGAUUACCGUAUGUAUUGGUGUAUUUUUCUUCUAUAUUUUGGAAUUCCUCCUACGUCUUAUUCCACAAUGUUUUCAAAAAAAGAAAACACAUUCGAAUGACAAAAGUCAAAAUGGGUUUCACAUAGAUCAAUUUAAUCAUCAUCAUCAUCACCAUCAACUUUCUUAUCAUCAACAAGGAAGACCUUCAAUGGUAAUACCUGUCGAACCAGUAGCAGAUGGUGAUAAAGAUGGGCCUAUUGUUGAUUUCACACCUAACCGUUCUAAUCAGUCGAAAACAAUGAACAGGUCUCUAGUAGGUGGUGAGACAGAUUUACAGUGUGAAUCGCCUCCAACUGAAGACGUAAUGAAUCAUCUCCCAUCAUACGAGGAACUUUCUACGGAACUUCAAAAACCUAGUAAUAAUAAACAAAUAAAUACACAACCAAUAAUCCAGUCAACCCAUACACUGAAAAAGCAUAAAAGUUGGCAAAAUAGACUACGUGAUUUAGAACCUGUUGCUUGGAUGAUUUUCAUUGGUGAUGGUGCCCAUAAUUUUAUGGAUGGACUUUCAAUAGGUGUUGGAUUUACUCAAAGUAUCGGUUUAGGAAUAAGUUUAACAUUGGCUGUUUUAUGUGAAGAACUCCCACAUGAAUUAGGUGAUAUUGCUGUACUUCUACGUUCUGGACUAACUGUACCAAUGGCUAUGUUAUUUAAUUUUAUUUCUGCGUGUUCAGCAUAUAUAGGAUUGUUUGUUGGUUUAUCUGUUGGUGAUCUAAAUGAUGUAGCACCGUAUGUGUUUGCUUUAACCGGUGGCUUCUUUAUGUAUAUUGCUCUUGCAGAUAUGCUUCCAGAAAUGCGUGCUAUGGAAGAUGCAAAACGAAUAGAGAACGGUAAUUGUUGGGCAAUGUUUCUCACAAAUCUUAUUGGUCUUCUAUUCGGUUUUGGAUGUAUUGUGACAAUUACAUUGACUAGUCAAUAUAUAAAUAUUUAAUUAUUAUUAUUAUUAUUAUUCUUUCGUAACUUAUAAAAUAUAAUGAAACGAUAAACUAAGAAUUUGUCAAUCCAAUGAUUUUCAUUGUGAUUUGUUUUUUUUUCUAUUUACCAUUUUAUUCGUCUCCUUUAUACUUUUCCAUUUAUUGUUUACUCUUUACCUGUCUAUUGAAUCUUUCAUUAUUUUUAAAAUGAAUAACUUUUAGUCAAUUUUAAUCUAACUAUAUACAUAAUUGUUUCAAUUGUUUAAAUGUAAAAUCAUUUGUUUGUUUGUUUGUUUUUAUUUUUAAAAUUAUACUUUUUGUUUACUUCAAAUUGAUUAUUAUGCAGUCCGAAAUCUAUCCUCACUAUCUUUUUCUCCCAUUUUUCCAUCAAUUAAUUAAUUGUUUCCUAUUUUAAUUUAGAGACAAAGAAAAACAAAAAACGCUAUUGGAUAAUUUAUCAGUUCUACUUUAAAAAUCAUAAUGAUCAAUCUUGUUCACUAACGUUUCACUCAUAUUUUUUUAUUAUCAAUAAAAAGUAACUGUAUUUUGUGUGUGUGUGUGUGUGUGUAUCAGAAGUUCAUUUUGUUAUUACGUUUUGAUUGCAACAGGCAUAAACAUCUAGAUAAGUACAUAAACAUAUAAACAUUAUAUAUAUAAUUUCUAGUCAAUUCAUUCUUGUAUCAUCUUGUAAUCCGUUGUUAUCUUUGUCGCUCUUAUUAUCAUUGAAAUUACUAUUAUUAAACAUAUGAAUGUCCAUUCAGAUUCUUUAGUAGAAUAUUGGGAUUAGUUAUUGUAGUGAUUUAUUUUGAGUACUGAUAUUAGAAACAGUUCAUCAAAUAGUCGUUCUUUAAUUUCCUGUUUAUUCUCUGUUGACUAGGUUAUCUUCGAUCAUACAGAGAUCACUUCAUAUAUAUAUAUAUAUAUAUAU